CUCCUUCACCCUCAGUUUCCCUUUCCCUGUUUCCUUUCCACCAAUCUCGCAGGACUGCGCACAUCGCGCUCGCGAGGAGGGGUCUCGCCUCGCGCACUCGUAGGCCCGAGAAACGCGGCAGAGGCCGCGGUGAUACGGAAGAUGGAUUAAUGUUGAAGGAGGAGGAGGAGAUGCGGGUUUCUUCUAUUGACUUGGGAGGCGAAGGAGGAGGAGAAAAUAUAGUGUAUUCGACCGAUCCUCCGCCGGCGCUUCCCGGAUUGGAGCGGGAUUUCUGGGAGGGGCCUCAGUGGGAUGCACUAGGGUUCUUCGUGCAGUAUUUGUGGGCUUUUGGUAUCGUCUUUGGGGUCAUUGCUUGUGGGAUUGCAGUUACAACCUAUAAUGAAGGAGCUACAGAUUUUAAGCAAACCACUGUCUAUAAGGAGUCGAUCCAAUCUCGAGAGUUACUCGAACAACCAGAUGGAUCCAACGGCGAUGUCUUUGAGGGAAAUCCGACAGAGGCUGCGCCAAGUUUGGAGUUCCACCUUUUUUCCGGAAGAUGAUAUAUUGGGGACGCU